GCCCACCUGGCAUUACUUACUCACCCGGACCACAUUGACGGCCGCUGUGAGAGGCACGACGUAAAAUAAAGCCAACUGCCUCUUAUUUUUUUCUUUCAAAGGAAAAUCUACUUAGAAGGCACAAUGCGUGAAUGCAUCUCUGUCCACGUAGGCCAGGCUGGUGUCCAGAUGGGGAACACCUGCUGGGAGCUCUACUGUCUGGAGCACGGCAUCCAGCCGGACGGCCAGAUGCCCAGCCACAAACCUGUAGGAGGCCACGAUGACUCCUUCACCACCUUCUUCAGUGAGACUGGGGCUGGGAAGUAUGUUCCCAGAGCAAUCUUUGUUGACCUGGAACCCACGGUUAUUGAUGAGGUGCGCACAGGAACAUACCGCCAGCUCUUCCACCCUGAGCAGCUGAUCUCAGGAAAGGAAGAUGCAGCCAACAACUAUGCCCGUGGACACUACACUAUCGGCAAGGAGAUCAUUGACUCUGUCCUUGACAGGAUCCGCAAACUGGCUGAUCAGUGCACUGGUCUCCAAGGCUUCUUGGUCUUCCACUCCUUUGGUGGAGGCACUGGCUCUGGUUUCACCUCCCUGCUGAUGGAAAGACUCUCAGUUGACUUUGGCAAAAAGUCUAAGCUUGAGUUUGCCAUCUACCCAGCCCCACAGGUUUCCACAGCUGUAGUGGAGCCCUACAACUCCAUUCUGACCACCCACACCACCCUGGAGCACUCUGACUGUGCCUUCAUGGUGGACAAUGAAGCCAUCUACGACAUCUGCCGCAGGAACCUCGAUAUUGAACGCCCAUCUUACACCAACCUGAACAGGCUUAUCAGCCAGAUUGUGUCUUCAAUCACAGCUUCUCUUCGCUUUGAUGGAGCCCUGAAUGUUGACCUGACAGAGUUCCAGACCAACUUGGUGCCCUACCCUCGUAUCCACUUCCCUCUGGCCACCUAUGCCCCAGUCAUCUCUGCUGAGAAAGCCUACCAUGAGCAACUGUCUGUUGCAGAGAUUACAAAUGCCUGCUUUGAGCCAGCUAAUCAGAUGGUGAAGUGUGAUCCUCGUCAUGGUAAAUACAUGGCCUGCUGUCUGCUGUAUCGUGGUGAUGUGGUGCCCAAAGAUGUUAAUGUGGCCAUUGCUGCCAUCAAGACCAAGCGCACCAUCCAGUUUGUGGACUGGUGCCCCACAGGCUUCAAGGUGGGCAUCAACUACCAGCCUCCCACGGUGGUUCCUGGAGGAGACCUGGCCAAGGUGCAGAGGGCUGUGUGCAUGUUGAGCAACACCACAGCCAUUGCUGAGGCCUGGGCUCGUCUGGACCACAAGUUUGACCUCAUGUAUGCCAAGAGGGCCUUUGUCCACUGGUAUGUCGGGGAGGGAAUGGAGGAGGGAGAGUUCUCAGAGGCCAGAGAAGAUAUGGCUGCCCUGGAGAAGGAUUAUGAAGAGGUGGGGAUUGACUCAUUUGAAGAUGAUGAGGAAGGAGAGGAAUAUUAGACAGGCCACUUAUUUCCAGGGACAAAAUAACUCUAUUUAUGAAAUAGAAAAUAUUUAAGAAGUGGAACAUAUUUUGCUUGUUGGUUGCAAAGUUAGCAAUAUUUUUGUUGUUUUUAUUUACCUAAAAAUCUACCUUCAGCCUAAAGGUCUGAAGUUAUUUCUUUGUUGUGCCAUCAAAAUUCUUACUUUUGACAUUAUGUCAAUGUGUACUUGUUUAUUACAUUCAGUUUCAUCAAAAAGAUGAAACAUUGUGCAAUGGCCUGGUUUUUCUAAGUCUGAACUCUGUUGUUGCUCAAUAAAUCUUACCCUGAGAGAUA